UUUUUUUUUUUUUGUAGUGUUAUUCACCGAUGAAUUCAUAGAGAGAUUCAACAAUAAAUGUAAUAAACUAUAAAAUUCUAUUCCCAGUGAAUUCCCGUUUUUCUUCCUCUUCAAAACAGACAAAAUAGAGAGAGAGCGAGAGAAUAAAAAAUAUCGGCGCGACAGUUUACGGUGGGGCGAAAUAAAAAAAAAAAAAAACGAAAGAAUACAAAAUUUAUAUCGGUUUGCGUUUCGCCCAUUCGUCGUCGUCGGUCUCGUUGCUCCAAGUUCAAAGUUACAAAGAUUUACAAAGCCAUGAUGGCCUUGAAACAAAAAAAAAAAACAAAUGUCAACAAUUAAAAUGGUGCUCAGGGCUGCAGUGAAAGGGGCUGCAAAAAAAUAGUGUAUAAUUAUACUAAUUCAAAACGUAGUAGAUUCAUGUCUGCAUUUUUAUAGACAGAAACAAAAUCCAAUAAAACAAAUUUAAAAAAAAAAAGAGUAAUAAAAAUCGAAAAAUCGUCUGACAGUUGGUGAAACUAUCAAAAAUUGUGUCCAACUCUCUUUUAGUUUGUUUGUGUUGUUUUUAUGUAUUUUUUUUUUUUGUUGUACUCGAAUUUAAUUGCCGCAUAAUAUUCCAACAACAAAAUACAAACAGAAAACACCACGGAAAUAAUAAUUUUUGUUUGUGUUUCUUUGUGUAGUGUUGAAUUGCUGCCGUAGUGUGUAAAGUGAAGUGAGUUGUUUUCUCUCUCUCUGCUCUGCGGCUCUUGUAUAUUCUAUUCUUAUAUAAUUAUUUCUACAAAAAAAAAAAAAUAGAUAAUAAAAAUGUUGUUUUUUUUUUUCUAACCAACUAAUAUUUGACGUAUAGCUGUAAUUAAACAGUAAUUUAAUCAUAGUUUAAUGCGCCGUAGUGCAAACACCUGAUCCACAAAGCUAGGCAGACAGACGAGAGUUGUGGUGGAAUUGGAAUUGCGAAGCAAGUGCUAAAGCGGUAAAAGUAGACAGAAAUAAAUAAAUAAAAAAAAAAAAAAGAGAAAAGAAAAACUUCAUCUCUCUCCAAAUUCCAGCAACAAAAACAAGGGCAAAAGUUAAAUAAAACAAAAACAACAAAACAACAACUGUCAAGGUUAGUGGCUCAUUACACAGAGCAAUGUAACUCAUGCCUUGAAAAUACUGCGGCCAACGUUAUAACAUACACCUAAGAAAAGUUAAACAAAUGCAAUAUUUUGAAUAUUCUUAUUAAAAAGAAAAAUGCUUAUUUAUUCUGUAUAAAUAAAUAAAUUGUAAGCUUACCAAAAAACAAAAAAAAAAAAAAAAAGAAUAACUCCAAAGAGUGUUUUAUUAAAGUAAAAAAUUAUAUAUGUCUUAAAUGUCUUAACUAUAGAAAAAGAAAACGAAAAAAGCUUUAUAUACCUACUAAAAAAUGAAUACCCACGUGAAGAAGCAAAAUAUUAUUAUAAUCAAACAGAUUAAACGAGAACUUAUGCCAAAUCAAAUAAUUAACACAAUAAAAUGUGAAAAUAAUCCUGAUGGUACUCCAAAUCGUGUGAUAGUGACGACAACGUCAGCACCUGCUAGGCCAGUGAUGCCGCCAGCGGUAUCGCCAAGUACCUCAAAAAGGCCGCCACCGCCACAGCAGUUGAUUGAAAUUGAGACAUCACCUUCGGGUACGACCACAACAACAACAACAACAAAACUACCUCACAUUCUGUCCGGUGGAGCAACUUUGUGUUCAUCAGGAUCGUCAAUGGCCAAGACAGUCGUUAGAUCUUUGGCAGUUUUGACAUCUCCUCCAGCCACAGGAGCAGCAAAUAGUGAGACAGCAAUAUCUCCGGUGCUAUCAACACAAUCAUCAUCCACAUCGGAUGCUGAAACGUCUACGGAUAUGAUGGCCAAUAUAUCGGACUAUUCGGAUAAUCAAGGCGAUGAUAAACUUUUAAAUGGUCGAGAAGCAAGAAAUCGAGCUGAAAAAAAUCGUCGUGACAAAUUAAAUGGAUCGAUACAAGAAUUAUCAACAAUGGUGCCACAUGUUGCUGAAUCACCACGUAGAGUAGAUAAAACUGCAGUUUUGAGAUUUUCAGCACAUGGUCUCAGAGUCCACUAUGUUUUUGGACAAUCGAUCAAAGAACCACCCGAAACAAAGUCUCAACUAACAGAAUCCUUAAUGAAACUGUUAGACAGUUUUCACAUAACCAUAACGUGCCAUGGACAGAUUGUGCUAAUAUCGGCUACUGUCGAACAACACCUGGGCCAUUGUCAGACUGAUUUGUACGGCCAGAAUAUUAUGAACAUCACGCAUCCUGAUGAUCAAGCAAUGUUGAGGCGUCAAUUGAUACCAACAGAUUUGGAGAGUUUAUUUGAUGUUCAGCCGGAAGAUGAAAAUGGUGAACCAAGGCCUAGGACGCUGGAAGAAGAAGAAGCUAUCGAUAGGCAGUUGAAAGCUGAUACAAGGAGCUUUACUGUAAGAUUGGCACGAGCUGGUCCCCGCACAGAGCCAACAACCUAUGAAGUUGUACGUAUCGAUGGUUGUUUUCGACGGGCUGACGCAGCGCCACGUGGUGUUAAAUCGAGUAAUUUUCCAUCCGGAUUGCAGCUGAUACGAAGGGCUAGAGGACGAGAUGACAGCAUACCUCUUCACAGUAUUAGUGGGAAUGAUAUUGUCCUUGUUGGAAUGGUACGAUUGAUACGUCCACCAAAACUAAAUACCCGCAUCAUGGAAGCGAAUUCAUUUGAAUAUCGCACUCGGCAUCUAAUCGAUGGACGCAUCAUUGACUGUGAUCAAAGGAUUGGCCUUGUAGCUGGUUAUAUGAAAGGCGAAGUAACGGGAUUAAGUCCAUUUACAUUCAUGCAUCAGGACGAUGUGCGAUGGGUUAUUGUAGCUUUAAGGCAAAUGUACGAUUGUAAAAGUGACUAUGGAGAAUCAUGCUAUCGCCUCCUAACACGCAAUAAUCGUUUCAUUUAUCUGCAAACAAAAGGCUUCCUGGAAAUCGACAAAGAAACAAAUAAAGUCCAUUCGUUUGUAUGCGUCAAUACGUUAGUCAGUGACGCCGAAGGACGUCGACGUGUCCAAGAAAUGAAGAACAAAUUCUCUCUCAUUAUAAAUACGAAAAUUCCUCUCUCAUCGUCGCAAGAUAUACCCGCAUCGGAGAAUCCCCAACAAUUGGAAAAGGCAGUUUUAUGUCUCAUCCAAAACUUACAGAAGAACGGCGAAGAUGAUGAAAAUGAUGCGUCAACGUCAAAUGCUCACAGUAGUCGUGUCCGUCAUGAUUCACUUAGCGAUUCUGGUCCAACAAAGAGUUGUAUGAGUCCGGCGGCAAGAGCGGCUUCAAGUUGCUCAAUACGUUCAACGAAAACUCCUCCCUUAGCCCUGAUCCCACCCGAAGCAGCCACAGUCAAGUCGUCGAUUUCGAAGAGUGUCGAUGUGGUGAGUAAGAAUGUACGUAGCGCCCGAGCAGGCCUGCAAAGUCCGCAUUCUGGAGGGGUUCCGUCGCCCAUGUCACCAAUUGUCAAUCGUGAUGAAACUUCGAGUGAUUCGACCAGCACAAAUGGGUCUGGAAUUCAAAACCGACCGUCAGUGUUGCAACGAGUUAGCAGUGUUAUAGCCGAAGAACUCCCCACAUCCGUCAAAGUUAAGGAAGAAUUCUUCCAUAGCCCACAGAGUCGUGUUCCGCCACUACCAAAUAGUACGUGUAGCUGUUUCUAUGAAACUGGUGGUCCCCGUCAGGACUGUCUAUCUUGUCAAGAAUUUGCUCUAAUCACCUCACCACCACCAACAGCUGAUGGCCCACUGCCAAGGCAAUUCCGUUCACCAUCAAAUUCAUCAUCGUCGGUGCUGAAGCGGACACAUUCAGCGGGCUCGUCGGAUGGUCGAAUCUCUCCAACAAACGAUCCCGAUGAUCAGCGGUUACAAGAAUCUCCAAAGAGAAGAUUAAUUUAUAAUGAAGCCGCCGGUCAAGAUAUUCGUCAGGUGAUCUCGAAUUCAUUUCAACAAAUCAAUCGUUCCCUUAAUCAUAUUGAGAGCGCCACAACAGAGCUACGGGGACAGUGCAAUAAUUAUACCCUACCAAAUACCGAUCAGAAGCUGAAUGAGAUUUGUGAAGAGCACCAAAGGCAACAAAAAAUGCUGGUGAGCAUAAAAAGCGAAUACGAAGCAAACUUGCAAAGUACACCAUUCUUAGUCGAUUCUCCAUCAGUCAUUGACCAAUCUCUGACGCUCGCACGUCCAGCUGAAGAGAAUUUCUUGCAAAAGAAUGAUUUGAAACCCAGAUAGGGAAAUGCUUCGAGCAAUAUUAGCUCAACAGCAACCGGAACAGAACCCUAAGAAUAAAAAACACAAACAAAAUUAAAAAAAGAGCAAAAGAUAUUUUUAAAUAAUUUUUUUUUUUAAUUAAUUUUUAACAACAAUAAAAAGUGCUCGAAAAGAUAUAUACAAAAAAUAAAAGAUAUUUAAUUAAAGAGCGAGUGAGAUAAAAAGAGAGUUCACUUAGUAGAAAAUAUUGUUUUUAAUUUUUUUUUAUUUAGUAAAAUCUGAUAUAGAAAAUAUUUUAUGUUUUUUUAAAUAUUGUAAAUAUAGAAAAUAAUAAUAUAAAUAACUUUUUUUUUUGUUAAGUUUGUAAUUUCGUCCUUGUUGUUCAGUCUGUUAUAUAAAGUGUAAAGAAAAUUUAAAAAUAAAAAUAAUUAUUUGUUAUAUAAUUUAGUUAUAUAUUUUUUUGAUUUUAUUUAGAGUAUAAAUAUGGUUGAAGAGAAAUUUUGUUUUGUAAAUAAAAAAAAAAUAUAUAUACAAAAAAACAAGGGUAUGGUAAUAUACUUGUUUUGCACGUUGAACUCUAUAAUCCGACAACAAUAUGGUUAUCACUUGUAGUUAACUCACCAGUGAUAAAUCACACAAAAAAUAUUAACAUUUCAAGACACAAAAAUCCUUAAUCUACAAAAAUUUCCUCAUAUUUCACUUUUGUAUAUUUUUGCACUCAUCAAUAAAUACCUUAAAAAUAAUAUAACAAAAAAACUUUAAAAAAAAAACAGACAGAUAAAAGAAAGAACGACAGGAUUUACCUCUUAUUUAAAUAAUAACAAUUUUUUUUUUGGAUUUUCAAACCUGCAUGUAGUCUUUAAGUCUCUAACCGAUUGAUAAAAAAAUUUAAAAAAAAAAUUUAAAAAAACGAUUUAGUGUUUAUUUGAGAAGAUGAGAAAGAAAAGUGAUAUAAGACUGUUCAAGAAUAAAAAAUAAAACAAUUAACAAAAAAAAUAGGCAUAAAUUUAAGGAAACUAAUAAAAAAUACAACAGAAAAUAUAUAAAAUAAAUAAUAUAAGAAAAAACAGUUUAUAAUUUUACAUCUUUUGUCAUGGAAAUAUUAAAAAAAAAAAAUAAAAUAUAUAAAAUAAAAAAAAAAAAAACAAACAU